AUGCUGGACCAUGAAGAUGCCUUCGCGGAGGAGGCGCAAGAGGAGGUCAGACUGGCCGAGGAAAGCCAUACCGAGUCUACCACAAACGCGAGGUUUCACAUCAGCGACAGCCAAGAUGACGAGGAGGACGAGAUGAGCCCGUUGGUGAGCCCUGACCAGCGUCGAAAUAAACCCACCGCAUAUGCAAGAGCUCGCCCGAGUUUUGAAAGGGCCAUCAAUGAACCUUGGAAUGGCGCUCACGGUUCAAGCGAUCUCCCCUGGUACAAGACACCUUCAAUAUUUUGGCUUCUUCCUGCCUUCUUCCCCUUCUGUAUCGCGUUUGGCGGAAUCAUUGUUCCCAAGACAUACCUCAUCCUCGACCUGAUCUGCAAGGACUAUCUCUCGGAGCAAGCAUCAAAGAACCCCAACUUCAGGUUUCUCCCUGUUGUCCUAGGAGAGGAGAAUCCGCAGUGCAGAGAUCCACAUGUGCAAGCCCGGGUUGCAAACUUCAAUCUCUACAUCAAUCUUCUCAGUGGGGUCUUUUCCGCUCUGAUAUCCCCCCAUCUAGGGUCGCUUUCAGACCGGGUCGGCCGGAAGAAAGUCAUGGUCUCCGCCUCUCUCGGCGCGCUUGUCGCCGAAAUCAUCACUAUCAUUGUUGGGCAGACGAACGGCCGGAUUUCUGUCUACUGGCUGCUUCUUGGAGGCCUAGUGGAUGGCCUCUGUGGCUCUUUCACCACCGCUUUGGCUUUGGCUUUUGCGUAUGCGUCCGAUUGCUCGCCCCCCGAACGUCGAGCAGUCGCUUUUGGUUAUUUCCACGGGACUCUUUUUGCUGGCAUUGCGUUGGGCCCAAUCGUGUCGGGUUAUCUGAUUAAAGUGACAGGGACAGUCAUGAUUGCAUUCUACCUUGCUCUUGCGUGCAACGCGUUUUUCAUCGUCUUCACCCUAUUUGCUGUGCCAGAGUCUCUGUCUAAGGAGCGACAACUGCUGGCAAGGGAGAAGAGACAGUUCGCUCAGGCGGAGCUACCGGACAGUGACUGGAUUACGACCAUCAAAAACUACAACCUCUUCGAACCACUCUGGGUUCUCAGGCCGAGAGGCGAAGGCUCGAGCUCCGCGUUGAGGAAAAACCUAUUCGUGCUCGCGGCUAUCGACACGAUGAUGUUUGGCGUGGCGAUGGGAACCGUGCAGAUCAUGAUCAUAUAUGCAGAAUACCGCUUCGGCUGGACCGCCGUCAAUUCCAGCAUGUACCUCUCCGCGGUCAAUAUCUGCCGCGUGUUGGGUUUGGUCCUCAUCCUGCCGUUGCUCACCAGGUUCUUCCGGGGCCCUGCCAAAGCACACUCCAAAGGGCACAAGGGUUCGGAUAUGCUCGACAUUUGGAUCAUCCGUGGUGCCAUCAUUUUCGACCUUGUCGGCUACAUUGGUUACGCUUUCACUCCGAAUGGUGCCAUCAUGGUUCUCUCCGGCAUGAUCGCCUCUCUCGGUGGGAUCGGCUCGCCAACCCUGCAGUCCUCUCUCACGAAACACAUCCCCGCAGAUCGAACGGGCCAAGUGCUUGGUGCAUCGGGUCUUCUGCACGCACUGGCACGUGUGGUGGCACCGACGGUCUUCAACCUGAUUUACAGCCAGACGGUGGGCAUCUACGCCGGGAUUGUGUUUAUUUGCCUGGCUUCGAUUUUUGUCAUUGUUUUUAUCCUCAGUUGGUUCUUGAGGCCGAAUGGUAUGUUCCCGUCCUCCUUCUCCCUCUUCCCUCUUGAUUCUGUGAUUAGGUAG